AUGGUGACCUUCGUGGUUCGUGGUCAGACGUACAGCGAACAAGUUCCACGAAAGUCCUUAACAGAUGAGGUCUCCCCAGUGCUGCGGGCAAUGGUGGAGGAACGGCAGGACGAUGACACCUUUCGACGUGGUGAGCAGGACUCGCAAGGCCGCUAUGUGCUGGAGGGCCCCACCAAUGCCAAGGCUUUCUCCUUGCUGGUGGAGUGCGUGCGCCAGGGGGGCAACUUGCCCCAGAUGGAGAUGGCGAAGCGCAUACAGGACCUGGACCUGGAGGCACGCGUUGAAGCCUGCCGGUACGUGGACUACUACCUCCUGCCUGGCCGCUCCAAGAUGCAGCUCACGAAAGAGCUCCUUGCGUCGCUGGUGUGUGAAGAAGUUCCGCCGGCAGAGGUCCUUGACCUCAGCCAGCUUGGCCUGUGUCGGUCAGAGAUGAUCAUGGAGCGCAUCAGCUUGGCCGGACUCCGGCUCAGCAACUUGCGCUUGGAGAACUCCCACGUCAAGAAAAUCGAGAUUCACAGGUGCGACCUGUUCGACUGCGACUUGUCUUUCACAGUGACAGCUGGCGAGGUGAAGGUGACCAGCUCAAGAAUGGAGAAUGUGCAGUUCGGCGUCUUUACGAUGGUGGCCUCCGUGGAGGAGUCGCAGCUCAUCCACUGCAACUUUCGAGUCGCCGAAGAGUUGUUUGUGGCCGACUCUGAGCUGGACAGCUGCACGUUCAAGGGCAGUGACGAAGAUAGGAAGGACAGGCAGUUCAUCAGCGCAAUCUUCAACCACACAGACUUGCACGGAGACAUCACGCUGCCCUUCGACCGGGUGGUGUGCGAGCGUACCUACUUCCAUGGCCGGGUCCUUCGCAUGACGAAAGGCGGCUCCACGAUCAGCCUGAGAAGAGCAAAGCUGCGCACACUUCCCAGAAUCGAGUGCGAGGGGAAGAUCGUCCUCUGCUUGGAGGACUGCGACUUGCUGGAGUCUUUGACCUUCCAGGGCAUGCGGCUUCAGCUGCGGGGCGUCCACUGCGCGAAGCCCUGCGAGUUCCGGGAGGUCGAGUUCGCCACCAAGGUGUGCGACAUUGUCUUCCCAAGGAGCAGCCGCUUCGUGAACGUCCGCUUCAAAGAUGGCCUGCAGGCCUGCGUGGCCAGCGCCUGCCGUUUUGAGUACUGCAACCUGGGCUUCGGCCAGGACGCGGUGGCAGACUGCUUGCUGACGCAGUGCCACUUCCAGUCCUGCCACUUCCCCUUCUUAGAAGAUUGCUCGCCCGUGGCGAACUUCGCUGGGAGCCAGUUUAUUGCUUGCCGCAUCCAAUGGAGCGGGCCCUUCGCACACGAGGAAAGCUUCGUGAUCAACUCCCACUGGCUCCGCAAGUGGAAUCUGGCCAGCUGUUCCGUUUCUGAUAGUCACGGGUAG